AUGAAUAAUGCUAUAUCUUGUUUACGUGGUAUUCAAGUUAAAUCUACUACUAUUGAGAUUAUUCAUGAACCAAAACAAUUUUAUGAAACUUUAUGUAGAUUGGCCUAUGAUGCUCAAAAACGAAUAACUUUAUCAACAUUAUAUUUAGGAACAGGGAAGUUAGAAAGAGAAUUUGUAAAUAAAAUAUCUAGUAAUAAAAAUUUUUGUGAUAACAAAUUAAAAGUGAACUUCUUAUGUGAUUAUCUACGAGGAACUAGAGGUGAACCGACAAAUUCAGUAAGUAUUUUAAAAGAUUUACAUAGUAAAGGAAAUAUCUAUUUAUAUCAUACACCAGAUUUAAGAGGCCUAGCAAAAAAAGCUUUACCAGAAAGAGUAAAUGAAAUUGUUGGUGUACAGCACAUGAAAUUUUAUGUCUUUGAUGAUGAUAUUAUUAUUUCUGGUGCAAAUCUUUCACAUGAUUAUUUCACUAAUCGUCAAGAUCGUUAUUUAUUAAUCAAAAAUUGUCCACAGUUAGCGGAGUAUUUUGAUGAUUUAGUUCAGGCUGUUGGAACUUGUUCCUUCAAAGUACAAGCUGAUGGUAAUCUGAAACUAGAUAAUAAUUGUUUAGUACAUCCUUUUGAUGGUGAUAUUAGAGAUUUUAAAGCUAUGUUUAAUGGUAGAAUAGAGACACUUCAAAAUAAGUUAGAAGUUUUAGGUGAACUUUCCUCAAGUAAUGGAAAAACAUCAAUAUAUCCAUUAUUUAAUAUGGGUACAUAUGGAAUUAAUGAUGAAAGAAAUUUUUUAGUUAAUCUUUUUUCUGAAAAAGAUUUAAAUAGUCAAUUAACUAUAGCUAGUGGUUAUUUUAAUUUAACUGAACAAUACAUUGAUCUUAUAACAAAUAAUAAAAAUAGAUUAGUUAAUGUUAUUACAGCAUCACCAAAAGCAAAUGGAUUUUUUAAUGCUAGGGGAUUAUCUUCAAAUAUACCUUCACUUUAUGUUCAUGUAACUAAAGAACUUUUUGAAAAGAUGAAUGAUAAUAUAAAUAUAUAUGAAUAUUUUAAAAAAGAUUGGACAUUUCAUGGUAAAGGAAUAUGGUAUAGUAAUAAAAGUGAUCAAAUGAUUACCGUUGUUGGUAGUUCUAAUUUUGGUGAAAGAAGUUGUAAAAGGGAUCUGGAAGCUCAAUUAUUACUAGUUACUUCAGAUAAUGAAUUGAAAAAAAAAUUAUGUGAUGAAAAAGAUAAUUUAUUAAAAAAUUGUAAUCUCGUAACAAAAAAUACUUUUUUUGAACCUGAUCAUAUUGUACCAUUAUGGGUAAAAUUUGCUUCCAAAUUUAUUAGGAAUUUUUUUUAA